GUCAGUCCUCAUGGCCCUUUUGAGAGAAGGAAGCUGAGGCCCAAGGCCACAGGCGAGUCCUGGUUGGAUGAAUGAUUCGAGGUGCCAGAGGGAGGGUAAGAAGGGGGCCUCCUAGACAUCCCUCAAUGGUUAGAGAAUGUGGGACCCUCAACCCCGCACCCAGUGCCCUCUCUAGCAAACUUCCAUUCAUCCUAAAAGCCUCACCACGAAGCUCCCCACAUCCUCUUCCCUGGCACCUUCUGAGCUCUAGAUCCCAUCCUCACAGUGAGCUUGGGAAAUAGACCCAUUUUCCAGAAUGAGGAAGCAGAUCCUGGGGUUUUCCUCAAAAUCAGGUGAUCCUUAGGACCCAGGACCCCAUCUUAGAGUGAUGACCCCUGCAGGGAUCAAGGAAUGUUUAUGGAAUGAAUGGAUGAGGAAGGAAUGAUUCUCAUCGAACUCCCCAGGGUCAGAUGGGGGAGUGGGCAGCAGGGGGCCUCCUGCAAUGGGGAGUUGCAGUAUUGCAGAUGGCUGUGCAUCGUAGGAGGACAGCUCCGCUCCCUGGGCUGGGCCCUGGCCGGUCUGUGUGUCCGAAGGCUGGCCCUUGGGUGCCUUGCCCGGCGCCGGGCUCCUCCCAUGAUGAUGCAGCAAGAGGUGCGCGGCCCCUUUAAGACACCUGGCCUGGCCCCGCCUUCCGCAUCGGCUCCCGCGGGGCUGGUCUGUGAGUGGCAGGGGAGGGGCCCAGUGGCCGCUGGAGGGGGCGGGGCCGGCACCUCAGCGGGACGCGGAGAGCGAUCGGCUUCGGGGGCGCUGCGCCGUCUCGGGGCUUCUCUUAAAGGGCCGCGCUCCCCGGCCGCUGCCCUCCAGACCUGGGAGGCUGGAACGUCCCACCAUGGCCUUCGGGACGCAGCUGAGGCUGCUGCUUUGGAAGAAUUUCACCUAUCGCCGGAGACAGCCGAUCCAGCUCCUCGUCGAGUUGCUGUGGCCCCUCUUUCUCUUCUUCAUCCUGGCCACUUCCUUAACAAGCCGCUGCCAUCGGCAGGCACAGUGCCCUGGCUCCAGGGCCUUAUCUGUAACAUGAACAAUACCUGCUUGGCACAGCCUACACCCGCUGAGGAGCCCGGGGUCCUGAGCAACUUCAACAACUCCCUGGUCUCCCAGCUCCUGGCUGUCCUGGGGGGCCCCAGUGCCCACAGGACACUGGCCAGCCUGGAGAAGCUGCUGCCCAUGCUGAGGGUGGCACGCAGGAGAGCUGGGACUCAACAGAGCAACCAGCCACAGGAGGGACCGUCAACCCUGGCCAUGCUGGCCACUGAGCUGCUAGGGACCCUGCUGCCAGAGGACUCUGUGCUGGGCCAAGCUCGGGAGGCUGUGGACAGCUUUGUGGUGGCAGCCAGCAAUCUGGCCCAGGAGCUACUGACGCUGCCCAGCCUGGCCGAGCUGCGAGUCCUGUUACAGAAACCCCAAGAGACCCGUAGCCCCCUGAAGGUGGUGUUAGCAGCACUGUGUGGUACCAGGGGGCCCAGUGGCCCAGGGGUACCCUCCCUCAACUGGUAUGAGGACAUCAACCUGAGGGAGUUCAUGGGCCAAGAGCUGGCACCAGCCCUGGUGGAUGGUGGCCUGAGCCCCACCUGUGCUGAGCUGAUGGGGGCCCUGGACACCCACCCACUCUCCCGCCUGCUUUGGAGGCGCCUAAAGCCACUGGUCCUCGGGAAACUGCUGUUCACGCCUGACACACCCUUCACCCGGCAGCUCAUGGCCCAGGUGAACCAGACCUUCGAGCAGCUGGCUGUGCUGAGGGACAUCCAAGAGGUGUGGGAGGUGCUGGGACCCCAAAUUUUCAACUUCAUGAAUGACAGUGCAAACAUGGCCAUGCUGCAGGGACUCCUGCAGCUGCAGGACAAAGGGAAGAGUCAGCCAGGACCCCGAGGCAAGGAGCUGACCGAAGCCCUCCGAAACUUCCUGGAUCCCAGCAGGGGUGGCUACAGCUGGCGGGAGGCCCACACGGAUGUAGGGCGCCUGGUGGGCACGCUGGGCCGUGUGAUGGAGUGCGUGUCACUGGACAAGCUGGAGGCAAUGCCCUCGGAGGCGGCGCUCGUGGCGAGGGCCCUGCAGCUGCUGGCCGAGCGCCGCUUCUGGGCGGGCUUUGUCUUCCUGGGGCCCGAGGGCCCCCUGGACUCCACGGAACCCCCAGCCCCGGACUCUGGUUCCCACCACCUGCGCGUCAAGAUCCGCAUGGACAUCGACGACGUUAUGAGGACCAAUAAAAUCAGGGCGAGGUUUUGGGAUCCCAGCCCGGCCGCUGACCCCUUGACCGACCUGCGCUACGUGUGGGGCGGCUUCGUGUACCUGCAGGACCUGGUGGAGCGCGCAGCCGUGCGGGUGCUCAGCGGUACCACUCCGCGUACGGGCCUCUAUCUGCAGCAGAUGCCUUACCCGUGCUUCGUGGACGACUUGUUCCUGCGCGUUCUGAGCCGGUCGCUGCCACUCUUCCUGACGCUGGCUUGGAUCUACUCGGUGGCGCUGACGGUGAAGGCCGUGGUGCGCGAGAAGGAGACGCGGCUGCGGGACACGAUGCUGGCCAUGGGGCUCGGCCGCGCGGUGCUCUGGCUCGGCUGGUCCCUCACCUGUCUCGGACCCUUCCUUCUCAGCGCCGCGUUGCUAGUGCUGGUGCUUAAGCUCGGGGACAUUCUCCCCUACAGCCACCCGGCCGUGGUCUUCCUGUUUCUGGCGACCUUCGCCGUGGCCACUGUGGUCCAGAGCUUCUUGCUGAGCGCCUUCUUCUCGCGCGCCAACUUGGCUGCAGCCUGUGGGGGCCUCGCCUACUUCGCGCUCUACCUGCCCUAUGUGCUGUGUGUGGCGUGGCGGGACCGGCUGCCCGUGGCCGGCCGUGUGGCCGCGAGCCUGCUGUCGCCCGUGGCCUUCGGCUUCGGCUGCGAGAGCCUGGCACUGCUGGAGGAGCAAGGAGAGGGCGCGCAGUGGAACAACGUGGGCGCCGAGCCCGCUGCCGACGUCUUCAGCCUGGCCCAGGUCUCUGGCUUGCUGCUUUUCGAUGCCGCGCUCUACGGCCUGGCCACGUGGUACCUGGAGGCCGUGUGCCCAGGCCAGUACGGGAUCCCAGAACCAUGGAACUUCCCCUUUCGGAGGAGCUACUGGUGUGGGCCCCCACCACCCAAGGACCCGGCCCCGAUCUCCCCGACUCAGGAUCAGGAGGUGCUGGUGGAAGAGGAACCGCCUGGCCUGCGUCCUGGUGUCUCAGUGCGGGCCCUGAAGAAGCACUUCCCUGGCAGUCCCCAACCGGCCCUGCACGGGCUCAGCUUGGACUUCUACCAGGGUCACAUCACCGCCUUGCUGGGCCACAACGGGGCCGGCAAGACCACCAUGUUGUCCAUCCUGAGUGGCCUCUUCCCGCCCAGCGGCGGCUCUGCCUUCAUUCUGGGCCAGGAUGUCCAGUAUCACAUGGCAGCCAUCCGGCCCCACCUGGGAGUCUGCCCCCAGUACAACGUGCUGUUUGACCUGCUCACCGUGGACGAGCAUGUCUGGUUCUACGGGCGAAUGAAGGGGCUCAGUGCUUCUGCUGUGGGGCCCGAGCAGGAUCGGCUGCUGGGGGACGUGGGGCUCAUCCCGAAGCGCUGGACACAGACGCGUCACCUCUCUGGUGGGAUGCAGAGGAAGCUCUCAGUGGCCAUCGCCUUUGUGGGGGGCUCUCAUGUCGUUAUCCUGGACGAACCCACGGCUGGAGUGGACCCUGCUUCCCGCCGCAACAUUUGGGAACUGCUGCUCAAAUACCGCAAAGGGCGAACACUGAUCCUUUCCACCCACCACCUGGAUGAGGCGGAGCUGCUGGGAGACCGCGUGGCUGUGGUGACAGGCGGCCGCUUGUGCUGCUGUGGCUCCCCGCUUUUCUUGCGUCGUCACCUGGGCUCUGGCUACUACCUGACGCUGGUUAAGGGUACCCCACCACUGAUUACUAGCAUGAAGGGUGAUGCUGACUUGAAGCAUGGUGUGGACGCUGGGCAGGAAGGAGAGCAGGGCAGAGUGACUGAUGCAGCCCAGCUGCUGGCCCUGGUGCAGUGCCAGGUGCCCGGUGCACGGCUCGUGGAGGAGCUGCCGUGUGAGCUGGUGCUGGCCCUGCCCUACGGGGGUGCCCUAGAUGGAAGCUUCGCCAAGCUCUUUCACGAGCUGGACAGACGGCUGGGGGAGCUCGGGCUCAGCAGCUACGGGAUCUCAGACACCAGCCUCGAGGAGAUCUUCCUGAAGGUGGUACAGCACUGUGGUGUGGACACAGACCCAGAGGAUGAUAGCCAUGGGCGGUCCCUGGGCAUGGGCUCUUCUGCCCCAGUCACAACCACAAGGCUCAUGAUGCUGCCUGAGGAGCCAGCCCUGGAGAAUGGGGAGCCAGCUGGACUGGUCCCAGAGACGCAGGCCCUGCAGGGCUCUGGCCUGGAAGCUGCAGGCCGGGUAGAGGGCUGGGUGCUGACCCGCCAGCAGCUGUGGGCCCUGCUUCUAAAGCGCUUUCUGCUGGCCCACCGCUGUCGCCGAGGCCUGUUCGCACAGAUCGUGUUGCCCGCCCUCUUCGUGGGCCUGGCGCUGGUGUUCAGCCUCAUGGUACCACCUUUCGGACACUACCCAGCACUGCAGCUCAGUCCAGCCAUGUAUGGGGUCCAAGUGUCCUUCUUCAGCAAGGAUGCCCCAGGGGGUCCCAAAAGUGCCCACCUGCUUGAGGCACUGCUGGCGGAGGCAGGGCUGGAGGAGCAAUACCUGCAGAACAUCUCCGACAGGGUGCCCAAGUGCACGCCGCUCCCUGCCUGCCUGUUCUUGGUGCCUGAGGUGCCAGAGGACGUGGCUGAGGUCUUGGCCAGGGGCAACUGGACCCCCGAGUCUCCGUCUCCACCUUGCCAGUGCAGCCAACCUGGCGCCCGCCGCCUACUACCCGUUUGCCCAGCCGCAGCCGGUGGCCCCCCGCCACCCCAGGUGCUGACGGGCUCGGGUGAGGUGGUGCAGAACCUGACAGGCCGGAACCUCUCUGACUUCCUGGUCAAGACCUACCCACGUCUGGUGCGCCAGGGCCUGAAGACAAAGAAAUGGGUGAAUGAGGUCAGGUAUGGGGGCUUCUCUCUGGGGGGCCGUGAUCCAGGCCUGCCUCCAGAGCAGGAUGUGGGCCGCUUGGUAGAGAAGCUACGGGCUCUGCUGAACCCCCCACCUGGGAGGGCCCUGGACCGCGUCCUGAACCUCACAGCCUGCGCUCUUGGCCUAGGUGCUCAGGAUAGCCUCAAGGUCUGGUUCAACAACAAGGGCUGGCAUGCCAUGGUGGCCUUUGUCAACCGAGCCAACAACGCACUCCUACAUGCCCACCUGCCCGCAGGCCCCACCCACCGCACCCACAGCAUCACCACGCUUAACCACCCCCUGAACCUCACCAGGGAGCAGCUGUCUGAGGCCGCACUGAUGGCUUCCUCAGUGGAUGUCCUCGUCUCCAUCUGUGUGGUCUUCGCCAUGUCCUUUGUCCCUGCCAGCUUCACCCUUGUCCUCAUUGAGGAACGUGUCACCGGAGCCAAACACCUGCAGCUUGUGGGGGGCCUGCCUGCCACCUUCUACUGGCUUGGCAACUUUCUCUGGGACAUGUGUAACUACCUGGUGACGGCAUGCAUUGUGGUGCUCAUCUUCCUGGCCUUCCAGCAGAAGGCAUAUGUGGCCCCUGCAAACCUGCCUGCCCUCAUACUGCUGCUGCUACUGUAUGGCUGGUCAAUCACGCCACUCAUGUACCCAGCCUCCUUCUUCUUCUCCGUGCCUAGCACGGCCUACGUGGUGCUCACCUGCAUCAAUCUCUUCAUUGGCAUCAAUGGCAGCAUGGCCACCUUUGUACUUGAGCUCUUCUCCGACCAGAAGCUGCUGGAGGUGAGCCAAAUCCUGAAACGGGUCUUUCUCAUCUUCCCUCACUUCUGCCUGGGCCGAGGGCUCAUUGACAUGGUGCGGAACCAGGCCAUGGCUGAUGCCUUUGAGCGCCUGGGUGAGAACUUCCUGCCAGGAGACAGGCAGUUCCAAUCGCCUCUGCGCUGGGAGGUGGUCGGCAAGAACCUCUUGGCCAUGGCAGUGCAGGGGCCCCUCUUCUUCCUCUUCACACUCUUGCUACAACACCUCCACUACCUCCUUCCACAGCCCAAGCUGCAGCCUCUUCUGCCUCUGGGGGAGGAAGAUGAGGAUGUGGCCCAUGAACGGGAGCGGGUGGUCCAAGGGGACACCCAGGGUGAUGUGCUGGUGCUGAGGGACCUGACCAAAGUGUACCGCGGCCAGAGGAUGCCGGCUGUUGACCGCCUGUGCCUGGGUAUCCCCCCUGGUGAGUGCUUUGGGUUGCUGGGUGUGAACGGAGCAGGGAAAACAUCCACGUUGCGCAUGGUGACUGGGGACACGCUGCCCAGUGGGGGCGAGGCUGUGCUGGCGGGCCACAGAGUGGCCCAGGAAUUGGCCACCGCGCGCCGCCACAUGGGCUACUGCCCACAGUCUGAUGCUGUCUUUGAACUGCUGACUGGCCACGAGCACCUGGAGCUGUUUGCACGUCUGCGUGGCAUCCCAGAGGCCCAGGUAGCCCAGACUGCCCACCUAGGCCUGGCGCGCCUUGGGCUUCUGCGCUAUUCUGAUCGGCCGGCGGGCACCUACAGUGGCGGCAACAAGCGGAAGUUGGCGACAGCGGUGGCACUGGUUGGGGACCCAGCCGUCGUCUUCCUGGAUGAGCCAACCACGGGCAUGGACCCCCACGCUCGGCGCUUCCUUUGGAACAGCCUCCUGUCCAUAGUGCGGGAGGGCCGCUCUGUGGUGCUUACCUCACACAGUAUGGAGGAGUGCGAGGCACUGUGCACGCGGCUGGCCAUCAUGACCAAUGGGCGCUUCCGCUGCCUGGGCAGCCCGCAGUACCUCAAAGGCAGGUUCGGGGCUGGCCACACACUGACUCUGCGGGUGCCUGCGGCACGGCCCAAGCCGGUGGCGGAGUUUGUGGCAGCGGCGUUCCCUGGCGCCGAGCUGCGGGAGGCACACGGUGGGCGCCUGCGCUUCCACCUUCCAGCAGAUGGGGCCUGCACUCUGGCACGCGUCUUUGGCGAGCUGACAGCACACGGUGCUGAGCACGGCGUGGAGGACUUCUCUGUGAGCCAGACCACCCUGGAGGAGGUGUUCCUGUACUUUUCCAAGGACCAAGGGAGGGAGGAGGAGGAAGAGGACACUCUGCAGGAGGAGGCAGGAGUGGACAUGGACCUUGUAGGAGGUCUGCAGCGCCCCAAACACAUCAGUGCGUUCCUGGAGGACCCCAGUGCUGCAGAGACUGUGCUCUGAGCCCCUUUCCCCAGGGGCGGGACAGUACAGAAGGCCCGGAGGUGGGAUCCAGGUUCCGGGAGGGGCUGCUGCCCUGGAGGAAAUAAAGAGAGGACUGCUGGUGUAACUG